GACCCCAUAAUAAUAUUAUGCCUUACAGACGAAGCAUGUAUGUAGUUAGCCCAUGAUGAUACAUUUUAUCAGUAAUUUACUUGAUAACCAAAGACCACCUGAUAUUUUAUUGGCUCUCGCUUCUCGCCUGACGCCUCUUGGCAAUGUGCUGUGUGCAGUAAAUAUUUAAUCCUCGUACCUACUGGCUACUGCCUACCUAUUCGUGUUUUUGUUUCCAUCCGGUUAACAAAUUUAUUUUUAAAAAUAAAAAUUCCGUUUCAAAUGCUUUGUACAGUGUACUCAUUAUACAUUUACGAAUAUACAUUUUUUCUCAUCUGAAAAGGUCUAAUCAAUUGGUACACAAAUGAUACCAAGAUACAAAUUUAGACCUCAAAUAUUUAGGAAAAAUAUUAAAUUGUAAAUGCAGCCUUUAAUAAAUACCUCAUAUAUUUUUUGAGGUAUAUUCCAUAAAUACUUUCUGUUAUGUUAAUGUACUAAAUAUGGAUCAUCUUAUUGUUUGUACUAGAAAACUAUCCUUUAAUCGUCAAGAAAAUAUUGGCUGCUUUGGAAACAUAGAUUCGUAUUCAGGUGACCAUCAAGUAGAUACAAAUUUCAAAUUUCCACCAUCACCUCAUCUUAGCAAUGGAUUUUUUAUUCCAUCAAAAGAUUCUCAUCUACAGAACACGACUACUUCAUCAUCAUAUUCUCACAGUGAUUCAGAUUCAGCAUCAGAUUCUAAUUCACUAGAUUCAAAUUCUGAUAUAUAUGAACAAGAAGUACAACAUUAUGACAGUCAGUUACUCUCUUAUAAAAAAAAUAAGAAACCUUUUAAUCGACUUCGUGGUUCUUGUUCUCUUCGUGGAUAUUCAUCAGAUUCUCUUCCAUAUAAGCAUUCUUUUGCUCACUAUUUACCUCCGAUUGGAGUUUUUUGGGACAUUGAAAAUUGUCAGGUACCAAAAGGUAGAUCUGCAGUAGCUGUAGCACAAGCUAUAAGAGAUCGAUUUUUUAUUGGGUAUCGAGAAGCUGAGUUUCUUGUUGUUUGCGAUGUUAAAAAAGAAAAUGCACAAGUGGUUCAAGAACUAAAUGAUGCUCAAGUAAAUUUAGUUCAUGUUACUUCUGUGUGUAAGAAUGCAGCUGACGAGAAACUCCGCCUCUCGAUGAGAAGAUUUGCAGAUUUACAUGGGUCUCCUGCAGCUGUAGUUUUAGUAUCCGGUGAUGUGAAUUUUGCAUCUGAUCUCUGUGAUAUCAGACAUAGAAAAAAAAUGCAUGUGAUAUUAUUGCAUAAUGAGUUAUGUUCGGAAAGUCUGAUUUUAUGUGCGAAUGAACAUUACAAUUAUACAUCUCUUGUUGAGAUGUUACCAUUAAGAAACGCUCUACGACAAUCUGGAAAUACACCUGUUGAAGUGAUUGUAUCCAAUUUACCAGUAGGAAUAGAUCCAGCAAAAAUUAGAAAUCGUUUAAAAAGGUUGUCAGAAAACUGUGGUGGUCGAGUAGGAGUAAUCAAUAACUGUUCUACAACAAUUCGAUUUCCAACCAAAGAAAUGGCUGCCAGAGCCCAAAAACGAAUGAACAAAGAGCGAGUGUUCAAUAGCCAAAUUGUUGUUAGUUUACCAUUUGCUGUUCAAGAAGAGUCUCCGCCGUCUUCAUCUUAUGUAAUAAAUAGACCUUUAGUGCAGACAAGAGAAGAAAACAUUCAACAUAUUGCAACCACCAUACAAUAUUCAUCUUCAAAUAAUAUGCAUUCUCGGUUUAAUAUAAAUCCGGUUACUUCUCCCGCUCCAUUUGAAAAUAGAACGUAUGGUUUGUAUGGGCAACAAAUUAAAGGUGGUUUUGGUAUGUCUCAAAUGAAUACUAGUUUAGAUAAUUCUAUGAGACAUCACAAUCCGUGGCUGACGUCAAAUUCUGUCGGUAUACAAACGUGGUUGAAUGGACCCCAAAUCGCCAUGAAUGGAGCAAGAGGUCCAGUAAAUUAUAAGGGAAGACAAAUAUUAAAUACAAGAGAUAAUCAGGAACAACUACCUACGACUCAACCUCAAAAAGCAACUCCUCAAAUUGCAUUGAAACAAAAUGAAAACUGGAUGCGACAUGGGUAUCCUGCAGCAAUGAAUCAUGGCGGUCCUAUUACUAUCUUGAAAAGAGGUCCUAAUGGAGCUUCACAAAUAGAUACACAAAUUAGUGGCCCAAGGCCGAACAUGAUCAAUUCAAGUGGCCCACCUCCAUAUAUGUUGUUUGGUGUCAAUACUUCAAUUCCUCCACCUCCCAUAAUUAACGUGCCGAGAAGAGUCAGUCCUCCUGCUAUGAUGGAAAACACAAAUCCUGAUCGAUAUUUUCAUCCUAUAUCUCCAUCUUUCAAUAACUUGCCAACAAAUCAACCACCAGUUGUUAUGGCUCAACAAAGUCAUCCAGUUGAUUUGCACGUUACUAAUUUAGACCAAAAUAUUGAUUCUGUUGAAAUGAAAAAUAUAUUAUUUAACACGUUUAGGGAACAUGUCAUGGUACUGCACGUGUCUGUAUUUUAUCAGUCUGAUGGCAAUUUCGCUGCAGCAGUGAGAGUAUCUAGUCAGCAGGAUGCACAAUAUGCAAUCUCUAAGCUGCACAGGCGUAAAAUCGGUUUUAAACGAAUUAUGAUUGCUUAUGCACAUUCUGGUUAUCCUCAAAAUCCUACACUGCUCAGAUCACAAAUAGUGUCAAUAUUGACAGAAGUUCCUGGUCAACGCUUGCCACUAUUUAAAUUUCGUGAAAUGUUUGAGAACCGUUUCAUGACUUCAGUGUCUGUUUCCGAUUUAUUUAAAAUGAAAGAUGUAUGUUUAAUAACCGAAGAACCAAAUCAUAGAAUAAUUAGUUUAAAUCCAGAACACCGUAACACACCAUCUCCACUUCUUCAAUCUUCUAUGCCGAUGUCACUUUUGGACAAAAGUGAUGCUGUUUCAUAUUGUCCAACUCAUGCUAAAAUUACUAAACCAACUGACGAUAAAGGUUGGGCUGAAUUGGAAAUGCCUGCGUUACCUAAUGUGAAAGUUUCAUUGACAGAAUUUUCUACGCGUUUGCAUUCAUUAAUAUCGUCACACAAUAAUUAUUUAAUACUCGCCACUAUUUGCGAUUGUUAUGAAGCAGCAUUUAAUGAACCAAUUCAAAUGGAUGAAAAUGGUGUUCCUCUGGAACAUAUAGUUACUGCUGUUGGUGGUGUUGAGUUGCUACAAAGCUGUAGUGUCGGUAUUAAGUAUCUUACAACGUCAUCUGCUUCCGAUAUAGGAAAUAUGUCCACUAGAUCGUCUACUCAAGAAUCUGACACUAAAUCAGAAAUUAGUGUUAGUGGCUUAAAAAGUAUUAGCCCACCAUUAGCAAAUAACUUGGCGUUAUUAAGCCGUGAACUAGUUGAUUUGUUAAAAACUUGUACUCAUUGUACUAUGUCGUUUAAUCGAUUUAUACCAGCUUAUCAUCACCAUUUUGGACGUCAGUGUCGUGUUGCCGAUUAUGGUUUCACCAAACUUAUCGAUCUCUUAGAAGCAUUACCUAAUAUUGUUCAAGUAUUCGGCGAAGGUAAUAAACGCUUUAUGACAUUGGCGCAUAAAGCUCAAAUGCGUAGAUUUACAUCAGAUUUACUACGUGUUCUUAAGUCGGUUGCUAGCAAGCAAGUUCCUGUUGUGGAGUUUGCGACUCUUUUUGAAAAAACACUUGGCCGUACAUUUGAUCCUGUCGAUUAUGGAUUAUGUUCUUUAGAAGAUUUAUUAUCACAAGUAUCUGAAAAUACAGUUGUUAUUGGCCAUUUAGAUGGACAUAAGUCCGUAGCAAUACCAAAACGUGAACAAACUCCAGACGAAAUUGAACGUACAAAAGCAUUUGCUAAAGAAGUAAUUGAGUUAUUGAGUCAUGCUCCACAAUGUAGUUUAUUGUUUAAUAAGUUUAUUCCUUCUUAUCAUCAUCAUUUUGGCCAUCAAUGUAAAGUAGCAGAUUUCGGAUUCACAAAACUGAUUGAGUUAUUUGAAGCAAUACCUCAUAUUGUUAAGAUUGAAGAUGACUUGGAGGGUGAACGUCGUGUAUCGCUAACUACAGAAGUAAAACAAAAUGUGCUUGGCGAACAAUUGGCUGCAUUAGUUACUUAUCCCUUGCCGAUAAGCCAACUACAAAAUGCAUUCUUGUGGCAAUAUGGGUAUGCUCUUAAACCUUCUAUGUAUGAAUGCGAAACAUUAUUAGAUUUACUACAAAAACUCAGUGACGCUGUUAAGAUAAUAGAUAAUCACGGCGAGCUAUUAUUGAUAGCUGUAGAUCGUAAAGAGGCACAACAGUUAUCUUUGAAAGUGAGAAGAGUACUAAUGGAACAUUCUUCAAAUGACAGAAUGUCUGUUUUACAAUUUCAGUCUGUGUUUCAGUCAAUGUUUGGCGAAUCAAUUUGUAAUGAAACUAUACAAGAGAAGCUUAGUGAUAGUGUUAAUAUUAUCAAAACCAAAUUUGGAGAAGAAUAUAUUCAGCUGACCCCAAUACAGCUGUUUGCCCAAGAUAUUUAUCGUUUGUUAAUGAUGACUGAUGGCCGAUUACUAUUGUCAUCCCUUGAGGCUGCCUACUUACGCAUGUUUGGCACAGCUAUUCAGCCAGCAGUUUAUGGAUAUCAAUCAGUGAUAGCACUAUUGACUAGUAUUAGUAGUACAGUUCUUAUUAAAGGAAGGCCGCCAAAACGUUAUAUUGUAUUGAAUCGGGAACUUGCUAGUGUUGGAAUAAAUUUACCAAAUAGUGUAAUCAAAUCUUCCUCGCCAGAACCAGUAGAUAAAAAUAAUUGUAAUGGAAAGGCUGCAAUUAAUGGAACCAAUCAACAUGACAUAAGCUAUAAUGAGGGUAGCCUAAUACCUGAAGAAAACAAAACACCACUAGUUAAACUACCUGACUUGAAAUUGCAUCCCGAUAUUUUCAAUAUGAGUCCCAUGUCGCUAGUAAACAGUUCUCCGCCUCAAGCGCCACAUCCAUCUCAAGUACCAAUGCCAACAGAAUUGUGUCCACCGUUUGGUGAUAAGGCAUAUAAAACACAUACUAGCAUUAACAAUAACAAUCACUAUGGGGAGAAACAACUGUGCUGUCCUAUGAUUGGAUCCAACAAGCCAGCAAAUAUCCAUGAACAAGAAGGCAAUCAGUGUUUUGGACCACAAAUAAACAACCGUUUUCAUUCCUAAAUUAAUUUUGCUAGGAGUUCACUAGUUUUUUAAAAUGAAAGACGUAAACUAAAAAAUAUAUUUAUAUAAAAAAAAUAGGCUAUAGGUAUAUUGUAUUUUUAUAUAAGGACUGACUAUCACUCCUAAAUAACUAAACUUUUUUUAUUCGUUUGAUUUUUAAACAAAACAUUUUCCUUGAGAAAAACUUCUUUAUAUUUAUAUAUAUAUAUACAAAGUCUUUAAGAAUAAUUAAAAAAGUGAUGUGUUAAUUGAUCUCACUUUUGAUUUUUAUGU